AUGGGAAAUCAAGGAAGAAGCAAGAUUGUUGGAAAGGGAGACGUCAUUCUUACAUCAAACACUGGAUCUAAGAUCAUUCUCAAAGAUGUAAGGCAUGUCCCUGACAUGCACCUAAAUCUCAUAUCAACUGGAAAGCUUGAUGAUGCUGGUUUGGGAAAUCACUUUGGUGAAGGCAAGUGGAAGCUAACCAAAAGAAACUUGGUCAUGGCUCGAGGAAAGAAAGGAGGGUCAUUGUAUGUGACACAAGCUAAGAUUUGCAAGGAGGAGGUAAACGUCGUAAAUGCAGACAUGGAGUUAUGGCACCGAAGGCUCGACCAUAUGAACGAGAAAGGUCUAAAUAUUCUCGCUUGA